GCCCAUCGAUGCGGUAAUAACCCGCUGGCACAACGACCCAAACUCUCGCGGCUCUUAUUCCUACAUUGCAGUAGGUUCUAGUGGCGCUGACUACGACCUCCUGGGGGAACCUGUUGGUAUACCCAUCCAAGCUCCAUCCGAUGGCCCGACGGCAAUUUCCGAUGAAUAUGAGUCAGGUGGUAAGAAAGUAAGCCCAGUCGAUCCGAGGCCCCCGUCAAGCCAAACGGCUGACCAUACGUCUGCAGGCCAUGAGUAUGACUGCGGAACGUUAGCAGGCCAGAAUACCAGAAAGCCCAGAAUCUUUUUUGCUGGAGAACAUACAUCACGAUGCUACCCUGCCACAGUACAUGGAGCUCUUUUAAGUGGCCUGCGUGAAGCUGCACGUGUAUCUAAUACUUGGUUUCCUGGGGAGACGCCAGUACAUCAGCAUGGACUUCGACUGAUUGGGAUCAAGGAAGCCAGCUGA